UUGGUGUAUUGGUUAAGGCUUCUGAUUCCCGACAUAAGUUGCUGGGGUUCGGUCCCUCUUGCUUCUCUUCUUCUCUAAUUUUAUUUUUUUAGACUUUCCAAAUGAAAAAUGAGAAAAAAAAUUUUUUCUAAUUUUAUUUCUUACUUUUUUAAAGGUUUGCGAGAUGCGUCAAAAACGUUAUAUAGAACAAAAUAGGGGGGAAUAUAUGUUUAGAAUUGAUGUUGAUUGGGUUGUUGAUGCUACUAUGGCUGGUGGAUUAGCUCGUUAUAUAAAUCAUUCUUGUGAUCCAAAUUGUGGCACUAAAAUAUUAACAAUUAAUGACGAAAGUAAAAUUGUUAUAUUUGCAAAUAGACCAAUUAAAGCUGGGGAAGAGUUGACAUAUGACUAUCAAUGUGAGUUUUUAUUUUUAUUAUUAAAUAUUGUAUAG